CAGUCUUUAGAGCACGAUUUAUUCGUCGAGCAUGCUUUGUACAAGCAACCGACUGAUAGCCUAUAGGAAGAACGUGGGUUUCCGGCUGAACGGCGUGGGCUGUUUGAUAGAGUGUAGGAUUGCCAGAAGUCGAAAGCCAGUGAUCGCUACAACUCUUCGACCGGAAGCUUUCAACGUUCACGUCUUCGCAGUUUCCGCGGCAUCCGUUUUACUUUAAGGGAUCAAAUUGCAGAGCGUUUUCUUCGGCGAGAUUCUUCAGCGAUGACGAGACUCGGUUCGACUCCGGCUGAAAUCUUCUCGAUGCCCUCUGGGCGUUUCAUGCGUGACCAGCGCAUCGUUCCUCUGACCUAGUGGCCUAGCUUCGCAGCGAGCGGCAGCGAACACGGGCAGCCUCUCCGUGCCAGGAGCUCGAACCUCCUCCGCGGUUCGCGCGCGCGGCGCGCACGCGCCCUGGGUCGGUUGCGCCGGGGUCCCACGUGACCGGGCCACGUCACGGACGGCACUGCAGCGUCCCCUCGCUCGGGCUUCACUCCAUUCGUCGGUUCGCCUCAAAUUUUUUGGAGCCUGGCCAAAAUGGCGACGGCGAUGGCAGCAGGCGCCACCGCCGUCGUCGUCGGCCGUGCGUUGAGCAUCGUCGUCGUGGCUGACUUGCCGUGGUUGUCCCGCCGCUGCGCUCCGAGGAAACCCCGCCGGCUCGGCCGUUGCCGCAGCUGCUGAGGGGAGUUUCGCUCAGCCGCAUCGGGUGCAGUGCAGAGCUCCGAAGGAGGCGCAGGAGCAAAGGCGCCCCGUGCUGUUGCCGCAGCAGCAGACACACACACACACGCGCGCGCGCAGGGGACAGCAGAGCGCUCGGCGCAAGUGCGAAGCAGUGAGGGAGUGAGCGCCCCCGGGAUAUAGCGGCGGAGGGGGGCGGCAGUGGUGGAGAUCGCGGCAGCAGCAGCAGCAGCACCAACGGCGGCGCGAGAGCCGUUCGGCUUCUCGCCUUCGACGUCGUGAGCGGUGAAUCCGCGCGCGCACGCGCGCGUUUUCUUGGAGUAUCGUCGUCGCCGUAUAUGUUGGUGGCCGCGUCGUGCUUUGAAGGCCCGAGGGCGCCGCGGCGGUCGUCCGUUGCUCAUCGGCGUGAGAUCGGCGCCAGCGACUACGACGGCGGUCGGCCAACGGCGCGUGUGUGAAGCCCAGCAGGCGACGACCCGGUGCUGUGUCCGCCGCACUGCGUGGGCCGCCCCCAUCGGCGGCGGCGACGACCACGACACCCGGGCCACCACGGUCACUACUGUGUGCUCCCCCAAGGCUGGAUUAUGCGGGGCUGACGGCGCUCUCCCAUGCCUCCACAGUGUGAAGUAUCGGGAGCGCCCUUUCUGCGGGCGACGUGGCGCCGCAGCUAGCGGCCGUCGGCGGCGAUGCGUCGGCACCGGAGCCCCUACCCGGGGUCCCGGCUGAGCGCGCUGCGCGGGGACCCCGGCCCAGGUGGUCCGCGGCGCGGGGACGACGACGACGGGCCCAGCCCGCCGCUCUGCUGCAGAGACCGCUCCAAGUCACGCUCAAAGUCACGCUCCAAGUCCCGCUCCAAGUCCCGCUCACCGGAGUCCCAGCAGCAGCGGCCUUCGUCGUCGGCCAGUGCCCGUGGCGUGCUGAGCCUGGACCAGGAGGUUGGCUUGAGCGACGCCCUGCUCCUCGAGCCGCCCACCGAAGAGGCCUUCAUCGCCAACCUGCACCAGCGAUUCAAGAGGGACCUCAUAUACACCUACAUCGGCACCGUGGUAGUCUCUGUGAACCCGUACAAGAAGCUGGCCCUCUACUGCCCGGACGUGAUUCAGGCCUACGAGAAGUGCAGCAUGUUCGAGCUGCCCCCGCACAUCUAUGCACUAGCGGAUAACGCAUACACGUCCUUGAAAGAUCGGAAUCAAGACCAGUGCGUCAUCAUCACCGGAGAGAGCGGCGGAGGAAAAACAGAGGCAAGCAAACUGGUCAUGCAGUACGUGGCGGCCGUGUCUGGCAGGGACGAAGAGGUGGGCGCCAUCAAAGAGCACAUCUUGAGAAGCACGCCCGUCCUCGAAGCCUUCGGGAAUGCCAAGACACAUCGGAACGACAACUCCUCAAGAUUUGGCAAAUACAUGGAUAUAGAAUUCGACUUCAAAGGGGAUCCGGUCGGCGGAGUGAUUACAAAUUAUCUGCUGGAAAAGUCUAGGGUAAUCAGCCACACUCAGGGAGAGCGCAACUUCCAUUUUUUCUAUCAGUUGUUGAGCGGAGCUGAAGUUCACCUCUUGAAAAGUCUAAAGCUGCAAAGGAACACCGAAAACUAUUCCAUUCUCAAGCACAGCAGAUGUUCCCAAUUGGAAAGCAUGGACGACAGGAGUUAUUUUGCGUUGACCAAGAGGUCGAUGGAGGCGCUGGGGAUGAGCCCGUCUGAAGUGCACGCCGUGUUCCAAGUGGUUGCCGUCGUGCUCAAGUUGGGAAACGUAGAGUUUCAACCGCGGGCGAACAUCGACGACACGGAAGGCUGCGCCCUCCUCAACGAGUACGAGUUGUACGAAAUUUGCGAGUUGCUCCGGGUGGACUUUGCAUUCCUCCAUUCUGCCUUGACCCAGAAGAUGGUGGAGACGAGACACGACGUGGCCGUCACCGACCUCUCAGCCAAUGAAGCCACAUAUUCCAAGAAUGCCUUAUGCAAAGCUUUGUACAGCCGCCUAUUCACGUGGUUAGUAAGCCGAAUAAAUGAUAGCAUACGGGCGAAGCGCCUAGGAAAAAGAAAAUGUCUCGGAAUCCUGGACAUUUAUGGAUUUGAAGUUCUAGAGAAAAACUGUUUUGAACAGUUUGUUAUAAAUUAUUGCAACGAGAAGCUUGAGCAACUCUUCAUAGUACUUACGCUCAAACAAGAACAGGAGGAGUACGUGCGUGAGGGUAUUCAAUGGGAGCACAUAGACUACUUUAAUAAUGCAAUAAUUUGUGACCUCAUUGAAAAGAAUAACCACGGCAUCCUGGCGAUGCUGGAUGAAGAGUGCCUUCGGCCGGGGCCCGCCACUGACGAGAGCUUUCUGUACAAGCUGACCAAGGUGUGCCAGGACAGCCCCUACUUCGAGAGCAAGGGAUGCAAAAACCUCACAGGGACCGACGUCUCGCUGCCGCCACAGUGCUUCCGUCUUAGGCAUUACGCCGGUGCUGUUACCUAUUCUGUUGUUGGUUUUAUUGAUAAAAACAAUGAUCAUCUCUACCGUGACCUGUCUCAAGCCAUGUACAGCUGCGAUCAUCCCCUGAUGAAGGUUCUGUUUCCUGAAGGGAACCCAAAGCGCACGACGCUAAAGCGUCCAACAACGACUGCCACACAGUUCAAGAUUUCCAUUGGAGCACUUGUAAAAAAUUUGCAAGCGAAAACGCCAAACUACGUACGCUGCAUUAAGCCAAAUGAACUCAAGCAGCCGAUGAUCUUCGAGAUGGCACUGGUUCAGCAUCAAGUCCGGUACCUCGGACUGAUGGAGAACCUGAGGGUGCGUCGCGCGGGGUUCGUCUUCAGGCAGGACUACGUGGCAUUUCUGGAGCGUUACAAGUUGCUCAGCGUUCGCACCUGGCCCCAGUGGACGGGCCUGCCGGUUGAAGGAGUCACACUUCUGCUCCGAGACCUGCCAAUCCACCCUUCGGAGUACGUCUUCGGCAGGACCAAGAUAUUCAUCAAAAGCCACCGGACGGUCUGCGAACUGGAGGAAUUCCGGCGCGAGCGGUUGAACGAACUGGCCAUCCUGAUCCAGAAGACCUGGAGGGGAUUCGUCAUGAGGGAGAGGUUUCUGCGCAUGCGCGAAAGUCAAGUCAUCCUGUCUAGCAACUACAAGUGCUGGAAGGCUCGUCGUGAAUUCUUGCGUAAACGGCAAGCGGCGACCACCAUUGCUGCCUAUUAUAGAGGAUGGAAGGCAAGACAAGAGUUCGAGCGCCGGAAAAAUCUUGUGACGAGGGAGGAGUUCCACGGCGUCAGGCAGGCGAGGACGCGGGAGUGUGCGGCGCGCGUCCUGGGCAGAUCCUACCGCCUCUAUAAGCGCCGGCGAUACCUGCUGUGGCUGGCGCGCAACUUGCCGUCGGACUCGCCGGCGGACCGCUCGUGGCCUCCGGCGCCCCGGUUCUUGCAGCAUACCAGCCACCUGCUGAGGAAGUUGCACCACAAGUGGAGGUGUACACGGUACAAGCAGAAACUCGACCAAACUGCUCGAAACCGCAUGCGAGAAAAAAUGACUGCCAGCAUCAUCUUCAAAGACAACAAGGCCUCCUAUCCGAAAAGCGUGGCCCAUCCGUUCCGGGGUGACUAUGUACGGCUGCGCCAGAACGUGAAGUGGAAAAGGCUAUCGGACGAGACGGGAGACCAGUACAUCGUCUUCGCGGACAUCAUCAGCAAGAUCACGAGGUCUAGCGGCAAGUGCGUGCAGACUCUGUUCGUGGUGAGCACCAACGCGAUGCUGAUCAUGGACCAGCGGACGUUGCAGAUCAAGUACCGCAUUCCAGUGACCGACAUCUACAGGAUAUCGCUCAGUCCUUUUCUGGACGACAUCGCCGUCUUUCACAUACGCACGACUGAAGCGACAAGAAAGAAAGGGGAUUUCAUCUUCGAAACUGGCCACGUUAUCGAGAUUGUGACCAAGCUCUUUCUCGUCAUACAAAACGCCACUGGGAAAUCGCCAGAAGUCAACUUCUCGACAGAGUUCGAGGUGAACUUCGGCAAGGAGACCGGAGUGCUCGCUUUCCGGUGCACUUCGGUGGGCGAUCAUCACCACCCGGGGCAAAUCAGGAUCUACCGCAAGGGAAACCGGAUGGAAGUGUUGUUAUGAGGAUGACUUUCUUAGGGCACUUUUUUCCAAUUGCACUUCGAGACGGAGGAGGGGGAGAGUUGGCGUUCCCUCGGCGAGCAUCGGAGAGGGACGGCCGAGAGGCGGAGAACUCGUCAUGCACAGAAAGAACGCCGUUGUUCCACUCGUUUGCCUACGCCUUUGAGCAGAGGGAUGCCUUUCGUUUCGGGGCGGCAACACCGUUCCACUUGCGUGCGGCCGCGGAAGAAGAAGAAAACUACUGCCUUUCGAGAGCUGCCAACUAUUCUUACGGCUGCCACACAGUUGCUUCCUUUUAACGGGAGCCAAGGUGUAGCUAGGUGCGUCUUUGGCCGGCGGUGGUGGAACUUGGCUUCAGUUUUUCCGGGCACUCGAAAGAGUGCGUGGACGCGACACGCUUUUCUUCUACAGAAUAAGAGCAAAAGAGAGGAGGGACACAGCUAUGGUCGGAUGGUCGGUGCCUUCGGGGGUUCUUGUUACGAAUGCGCCGUUUAAGUAACCGUGAUGCAAUGAGGAAAGGUUGAACGCUCGACACCUGGGGUAUCGUAUAACCAGGCUUGCUAAAGUUGCUUGAAGUGGAAUCAGCAAAAUUGUCUUUGCCGCGCAUCAACUACGACGUUGUCAGGCUACGGCUUCCAUUUCGUUAGACAUUGCUCUCAGUGGCAGCACCAGCUGUGGCCUUCCACAUUAGUGGGCGGUGAUGUCGAAAACAUUUCUUGUGGCCGAAGUCGUCACACGUAACACUGAAGGCUUGGCUGUGGUGCUUUCACAGAAAUUCAACUAAUCACGAUUACUGAGAUAAGUUUCUUCUUGCACGCGCUUGAAGCAUUAAACUCUAGUAAGUCUCUUGAAGUAAGUCUCUCUUGAAGCAACUCUAGUAAGUCAGGUUGUAAAAUACGUCGGUGCUUAAGCCUAGCAGCCAUGCCAUUCCUGAGAUCCAUUACUUUUGUGUCUCUGGAAUACUCAUUGCAUUAGGGUGGCAUGGUUAUAUUGAAGAGCUGAAUCACUUGCAGACGGCGCCAAAGCGACACGAGUGGUCUCCAAAGGAACGCCGUUUCAAAGCAUUUAGCCGCCUUCGCAAGCCUUUCUUUUGAACUACGGAUACGUAUGAUUUGUUAAUUCACGUAUUUGUCACUAGGUGUUAUCCCUCGACGCGCUGUUUCUUCAUUAAAUAGGUCCACAAGGGUUUUCUGUCCUUGAACGGAGAACCUGGCUGCCGAUUAAUUUUCCCCGAUGUGUUUACCUCCGCGUAAGGUUUCCGACACCCGCACUUUGUUGUUAUUUUGCAGUGCAGUCGAUGCCAGUUGCUUCUAGCUGCCAACUUUCUCUAUGCAUCACAGCCAAUGCUUUCACGGCAGAUAACAUAAGUUGGGAAGGCGCUCAAUAGAAUAUGUUUUUCUUUUUUUUGCGCACGUGGACACAACUUAGAGCAAACAAGCAUUCAGGAGCGAAGAAGCGGCUGCAUGAGUUAAUGGUCUAUUGCAGUGGUUCUAAAACUUCUAGGCAUCGCGGACAGUUGGACAUGCUGGCAAGCGAUUCGGGGACCUGAAAUACGUGUCCCCCUCAUGCAUAAAUACGCACAAAAACGCGUGCCAUGUUAAGAUCAGUACUGAGAAAAUAUCCUCCCCUUGCAGAUAUCAGGUUAAUUUGUACCUAAAUUGUGCAGAAUGUAGCGUCACUAAGGUAGUCUGGUAUCUAUGGAUCGUUACUCAAAACUGCUGGCUUGUUUACGCUUAAAUUUCGUUCACAUUUGUCUCUUCGCAGUGCAUUUUUAGUACCAUGUUUUGAUUCACUACGGUCUUAAAAUAGAGCCAAUUGAAAAUACACACCCGGCCUCAUUGUCUGUGCCGAACAAAAAAAAAGCAAUUUCCUCAGCGAGAGGAACAGUGGCGCUGUUUGCCACUAGGAGGUGGUGUCACCGUUCCUUCCAAAUGAAAAAAAAAAUACAUUCUUUUCGGCACUUUUACUUUCAAUAUUUUGCUGAAGAACCAGGCAUUUAAGUGCAGCAUUCAAACAGCAUUAAACAGAAUGCACUCGCAUGAGAGCAAGAGGCAGACACAGAAAUUUCAUUUGUUAUGUUACCUUCGCACUGGGGUCAUUGUGAAAUAACUGUGGCGCAUUCUGGAAUUUAUGGCGCUCACUUGGAAUUACAUCUUUCCAAAUGGAAGCUCAUGAGAAUGAAGAGCGACGUGACAGACUAGCAUUUCUGCGUAUUUCUUUAUCUUUUUCCACACUAACUCCAAAUGCAAUGUGCCAACAGCCCCUGAAAAGAUUUUACCAUAGUAAGGGCGCUAACGUAAGGCUCAAUUUAAAAAACUUGAAGUCUCAAUUCCAGGUCAGUGUCAGGGCUGCUUUCCCACAUUGUCGAUUUUAUUCGUGUCCAUGUGCAAAAAAUUAUGCAGUUAGCUCAAUGAGGAUAUCUUCAAGAAAUCCUUUCUUUUUUUGCCAGAACAUAUUUAGGAUGUCUUCGAGGCGUAUCUUUUAUUUUUCAGAAUGGCACCCGAGGACUCGAUAAUUCUAUCCAGACACACUGGGGUUAGCGAAUCAGAGUUUGGGAAACAUUGCUCUAUUUUGCAAGAACGUUUAGGGUUCAGGCGUUGCCGCUUCAUUUUGACAGAAGAAGAGGAAAUUUCCGCAUACUGUGUAUCUGAGAAAAAAGGAAGUGUAGAAAGACGUACUAGAAAUGCAUCCAUUGCUCAAAAGGAGAAAAAAUACAAGUGCGUAGCGUAACAAAGCGUGUAUUUAACGAUUUUCACUUUAUCUGUAAAUACAGCAUUUCACUUUAGGUAGACCUUGUGCCAUUUAUCAACGUUCAUGAACGCUCGUCUUUAAGGAAGGAGCGUUUCUCCCUCAGACACAUCCUCGAUGCUCGCAACAACUCUGUUGCAAGCAUAUUUUUGUUAGGCGAUUGUCAUCACGAAAAGCGUAUUCUUCACUAAACCAUUGUAAAUACUUCACGCAAACAUGACAGUGAGAAUAACAAAUAAAAGUUGGAGACAUUAAGAGAGCCGGUCACUUGAAGCAGACAUUUGUCUCAUUAGAAAAAAAAAAAGUAUAUACUCGCAGGUAGUAGUUGACAAGCUUUGUGGCGCGUUCAAAUAUUUCGACUUAGACGUUUUAGGCUGCCAUGUUGACGCGUUGCAUCAUGUUAUUUUUUUAUUAUUUCGCUUACGUGUGAGUUAUAUGUUAUAACAGUAAGGCCACUGACCUUGCAUCUUCAGCCGACGAUGUUGUUACGAGCGCUGACCCGAAAACAAGAAAGGAAAAACAAUUCGCCUCUCUUGCGUGCAAUGUUCAAACUUAUUUUCCUACGUACUCGAUUAUGCGCUAGCGUGUUACUAAAAGCAGGGGCACGGAACGCUAACAGACGGUUGAUGCGCAAAAUUACCAGUGGCCUAUUAUUUCCAGGUCACAAAUAUACAGAGGUUUACAAUCACAUUACAAAAAACAAAAUUGAACAAAAAUGUAGGGGCACAAUGAGCUUCAGGGACGAUCUCCUGACGUUAGACACUCUUACAGGCUCAAUAAUUAUCAUGCGCAUUAACCGCAAUCUCGAUUACAAUUCGAGUUAGCUGGACAGAUGGCAUACUGACGCAAUUUUCUUUACCCGCGUUUGUAGACAGCGUUUUCUUAAUCUCUAUAACGUCUUUAUCAGUCCCACGUGCAAUCAGCUCAGUUUCACUGAAAAGUGCUGUGAAUUUGCAUCUCUUGCAAUGCGCCACAAUGUGUCCUGCUUCAUGUAAUUGGCCACAAGCAUAUUAAUGGCCACAUGCAAAGCAUGCUUACAGGAAUCCGUGAUGUAAUUCUAAAAGAAACCAAGCGUUCUCAAUAUAAAAAAAGAAAUAUAACUUCAGAAAAGCCGUCGUGAUACCGUAUUCACACGAUAUCUGGCGCCGAAUCAAAAAGAUCGCCGAAAGGCAUGGGGUCACAGUGUUGUUUACCGCGUCUCGCUAGCUUCAAGGCUUAUGCAGCGCCGCAAAUGAUAACAAGAACAAGAAUGAAUGUACAAUGCAGCACAAAGAAGCGUUUGUACAAAGUAUUGAGAAGGUUAUCUACAGAGUGUCCCUUACACGUAGUAGAGACUACAUCGGCCCACCCGGGCGCUGUAUUAAUAAGCGGCUACGCGAACAUAAAUAUGUUUGUGGCCAAUUACAGGGAGCAGGGCACCCUGUGGCGCAUUGGAAGAGAUACACGUGUGCAACAUAUUUCGGUAAAACUGAGUUAAUUGCACGUGGGUCUAAUAAAGACGUUAGAGAGAUUAAGGAAGCAGUGUCUAUAAUCGCGGGUAAAGUGCGUAAGUAUGCCGUCUGUCCAGCUAACUGGAGCUGAAAUCGAGUUUGCGGUUAAUGCUCAUGAUAACUGUUGAACCUAUAUGAUUGCCUAGCGUCAGCAGACAUGUCCACAAAGGUUAUUGUGCCUCUUACUUUUUUGUUCAAUAUUGUUUCUUGCAAUCUGAUUGAAACCACUCAUAUAAAUGUGACCUGACAAGAAUAAACCAGUUGUAAGUUUGCGCAUCAACUCUCUGUUAGUGUUUCAUGUCCGUGCUUUUAGUAACGUGCCGGCAAGUAAGCAAGUCUGAAGAGCCACCAACCAGAGCCUUUCAUAGCGCUAUUGUUUUCCUACUUCGCCAUUUACCUGGUCCUCAGCCCAUGACAAAUCCAUAUUGCUGAGCAGCAGUGGCGAGCGACGCGUAGCGGUUGCAAAGCUCAUUCAGAUUUGCUUCAGUUGUCAUGGGUCAUGAAAAGUGUGGCGGUUCGGGAAUAAUUGUCAAAAAACUUUGUUUGACAUGCAUCGCUUCUUAUUCGUGGCUUGAUCAUGAAUACGGACAAGCGAGUGCGCAUGUAAUGAAUGGCGCGAUUUUAAUCGGCAAUCUUACUUUAUGAAGCUUAAACUUUAAUGUUGUUUUUAAUGUUUCAUGCUUAUAAUAAACGGUAAUGCGUCGUUAAAGGAUUAUACUGCAGCUGAAAAGAAAGCUCGUAUUCAGUGCGACAGGGUUUAUACAUUUCUUGAUGCAAAUACAGUAUUGGCUGCACUUUUUGUAAACGCUUCAAUGAAACAUCACAUUUACAGUGGGGUACGUCGGGACCCAAAAAAUAUCUACGAGCAAUUUUACCCGCUUUAUUCUCCUUUCCUAAAUGCGGACUCUCUUGAACUAACACGUCUUUUUUCUCUUCGUUUUGUGAUGCAAGCUGCAACGCACAUCGAUGCUCGUUUUCCAGAUGAGUCAACAUCCAAUGGAUAGUGUGUGUUGACAAUCUUCCCUAACGCAGGUGUCGAAUGGUGCCAACUUUCACUGCCAGAUGCACUCUACGAUACGAAACUAGCUGCUUCUUUGACUAAAGUUUUACGUUCCAAGCUACGUUUUAUCAGACUGUAAAACACUUAACGUGUACUGGAACACGGUAUACUUCGCGUGCCUUAGUUCUAUGACACCUUUGCGUCACUACGACAAUUUAUUAUAUCAGGACUUGAGGAUGUUAGUCCUUAAGAAGAAGACACUGAUGGGUUAGGUGAGCGGCGUUACAGGUGUUUGCGAUACCUGCUUCACAGAUCCGCUCGAGAGGUCGCAGAAAAUCAAAACCAUAGAAGUUGUUGCGUCAGAGGCGCAUAAUAAGUCUGUAAUUAUAACUCGGUUUAUUAGGUGCGCUUGAUUCGUUACUGAUGCGGAGAUUUCAUGGUUACAAGUGCGAUGUAGUCCUUGUUUGUCGUAGGAGCUCUAGUUGAAUACACCAGGCGCCUUUUAAAAAUAAUUAUUUCGUGACUUUGGCUAGAAUGCAGGCAGUCUUCUAGUUGUUGUUCUUCUUGUGGGCAGUUGUUGGAGGUUAGAUAUUACGAUAGUGAUUUGUACAGCGAAAUAGCCUCUGAGAAACCUCUAUAAAUAUUUAUAUAUAAACGCACCUCUCACUUCGUCUCAAGUUUUAGGCCUGUGUAUAUGAAUGAAUGCAUUUGUCGCCCAGUAAAGGCACUGGAAUGCACGCCGUCAUGUUUUCGUUUUGUUUGUUUUUGCAGUUUAGGUGUUCUCUCCAAAUUGAAAAAAAAACGCAGUGUAUGCAUCCCAAACUUCGUUCGAGUGAAUUAGUCUUUCAAGCUGUAUAGUGAAAGUAGACUCCUUGAGUAUUCGCGAAAACAGCCUUACAUUAAGGCUGUCUAGUUACGUGUUCUCACAUUCGUUUCUAUGUGGCUGUUUCUCGUUUUGAUCACAGCGGUCACCGUAUGUUGUUAUGUUGUUGAAAUCGCACUGUGCCGGUUGCAUACGAUACGCUGAGUACUUUGUGUCGCAAAUGACCACUUUUGUUUUCCAGUGCUAACACUGAUUGUCGGCAGCCUCGGUGUGUUUGCUUUGUAUGAUUGAGAGUGCGUUUAGAACAUAAAAAAAAGAGUGACUUUAUCUGCUUUCAUGUCUUACAUAGGUUUCGGUUAGAGGAAACGAGCCGCACAGACGUGGCACCGAUGCCGUCUGUUUAGUGCGCUGAAUAAACCUGUGUGCUACAAUAAGAUGUGCACAUACACUACAGUUAGCGCCAUGGCGCAAGGUAUUCUGUACAGGUCUAGUUGACAUACUACAGACAAUGCUGCCUGCGUUCGCUGCACUAUAAAAAGUAAUAAGAAGGAAGAAGAAAAAGAAAAGAAAACAACUCAUCACGAUAUAUGGCACUGAACGUUUAUAUAUGCUGAACUGUUUUUCAUACUGAUUUUUAUAAUAAAACAAUACGAAACGUUGA